CUCGAGACGGCAGAGAUAUGGUGCCAGCCACAGGGGCAGGCACGCGGGCCCUGGAUCAGGGGUGUUCCGCUACCCCUGCCGGUCUGGGCCCAUUACGAGUCACCAGCCCUGACCGUUUCCACGGUCGAACAGUAUGAGGAAUUAGCAGGCAGCGUUGAACUUGAAACGCAACGCUUAUUGCGUGAGCAUCGCUACGACACUAUUGGCAAUUUCCUCAGGUUCUACAAAGACUACACUGCAAGUGGAGAAAGUGCGCUCGAUCGAUUCUACCGAAAAUAUCAGCCACUGAUAACACGCGAACAUCAUACUUGCGUUGGUCUUGGAUUUGAAUUAUUACAUCGAUUAACAGGAUUGAAUAAGCGUUUCCCAGGAAUAGCAAGUGGCCUCUACUUAGUAUCUUGUGAAGAGACGAUUGGUGAUAUCGCCGGCUAUGUUGGCGGUCCACCAGCGGCGGAUAGCGGUGAGAAGGAACAUGUACUAGUGUGCCUGAAAAUCGAGAUCGGCGGACGUCGCGGCGUCAUGCUGCUCGAUCCCGGUUACCAUGUAGCGCGCGUUAUCACUGUGAUGGCCGAUAAGUUAUACCCUCACACGGGUUGGUUCACGCAGUCCGACGAACCGACCUGUAAGAAAGAGUACAACUACUGUCUGUGCGCCGACGAUUCCGACUAUGUCGAGUGGCAUGAGAGAAAAACUCGUCCUGGUGCCUUGGAGGGGACGCAAGUCGCUCUCAUCUAUGUGGCAAGGCCAUAUUUAACUGCCAUUGACGUUACAGAACGUAGAAACUUGGUUUAUAAUCAGAGAAGUCUCCUUGCCAGAGAUACUAAGGGUCACGUUACCGCCGGCAUAUAUUUCCCCAUUGUACUAGAUACUAACAACGCGCAGACCUUCACAAUUUUCUAUCAGACUGGUAACGGGAAAAAGCGAGUCAAAAUGGCAUUCAACAAAUUCCAUGGUUCGCGUAAGAUAAGUCCUAAUGCCGAGGAAAUGGAGAUGAUCGCGGAAUGUGCUCGACAACUUAAUAUUUCGCAAGACGUCCUGGAGAACAUCCUCUCUGCUUUAGCUACUGUCAUGAAUGAUUCGUCGUUUGUGACACAACUGUUGAACAUCAAUACGAGAAUUAACACUUUAGCAGAGGAUAAUUAACAAACAGAAAUCACUCCAACCAAUGGAGCGUCGACACAACACCACGUUUUAUUUUUUUUUCUUUUGCCCGCUUUCCUCUUACGGUCUUUUUCUCUUAUUAUGUCUCGUAGCUUGUUUAUUCUUUUAUUUAUUCUAAUUACGCUUUAUUACAAUGUGCGCAUAUUUGCAUAUGUACAAGACGAGUCAUGCAAUUUUGCAGUUCUUUGCUUUUCGAGCAUCUUAAAAUUUUUAUGUAUGAAAUAAUAAGAUAAAUUUAUUGACAGUUGUACGUAGCAGAAAUAUAUUGAUGUUUCUGCGUAAAAGUAUAAGGCCAAUUCACUAUUUUGUAUAAAAGUACUAAUCAUCAAUCUUAAAGAUGAUUCAAAUGUCAUGAUUUGGCUUUUAUAUCAAAACAUUGUUUUUUUACGAUAAAAUUCGUGAAAGGUUCUCGACGACUUUUGUAUCAUUUUGCGUAUAAACAAAAAAGAAUCAAUGAAAACAUUAACAGAUGCGAUCAAAUAGUAUGAUUUAAAGUAUAUAUUUUAGUUAUUUGAUGAUUUUUAUAUAUUCGCUUUUUAUCUAGAAUGCGCAAGGAAAAACUGAUAAUUUUAUUUUUAUAACUAAAGUUUUUGAAUAUUAUUUUGCUUUUUUAUAUUUUAAUCUUGAACAUGUAGAUUUUUGGGUUCUGUGGUGGUAUAUAAUAGAUCGGUAUGGUAAUAUUUUCAUUGAACAAUGUUGGUAUUGAUGCAGUUAUAGAUUACUAUUUACGUGUAGAAAGAACUGCACUAAAUUAUUAAUAUUGGUACAAGGGAUGCUUUUAUUGUCACGUGUGUGCAUUCGCGCUGCACGUAAUUUUUUUUUUUAGAUUAAUAUCAUGUACCUUUCAAUUGUAAACACUAAAUUUGACUUUAUUUGAAUAAAUUUUUUAACGGAC